CACGCCGGGAAAACCUGUCCGACCACGCGAGGGAGCUGCAGCCCAAUGUUGAAGCAGCGGUGCGCGACUGCCGGCCUCACGUGGACUACCCCACGGAAUUCGAGCAGGCGAAACGCGAUCUCGGGGCAAAUGCCGAUAUGCGGUUGGCCAUGGGCGGGCGCAGCUUCACGCCCGAGUAUUGGAAAGUACCCCACGGCGCACUCAUAGAUGCGGUGAAGCAGCUGGGGCUGCCGUCGAUGUUCAUUACGGUGGCUCCAUGCGAGUGGUCCGUCCCGUGCGCCCACUGGGUGGAGGACGAGAUGGCGAAGCAGCUCCAGUCAAAGACGCAUCUGCCAAUGGCGGAGACUCUGCGCAUCGCCCGCGUUCUCGGCCAGACCGCGGGGGGUUUCCUGACCGGCGCGAACAGCACGGGGUCGCAGAAGGGUUGGGGGGAACGCGUGUUCGGGGCAAAGGACGGCAGCGGGAAGAGCACGGUGCGCGCCCACUUCGCCAGGGCGGAGUUCCAGGACGGCAAGAGGAAGAGGUGCGUGGGCGAGCAAGAAGCGGCGGCUCAGUUCUAUCACGUCCGUGGCACCGUGCACAUUCACCUCCUCGUGCGGCUUGAGAACGAAGAGUGCGUUGAGCUGGGUAAGGAAGGCCCAGCCACGUGCGACCGGGAGACGGGGGCCCUGCGGCUGCGCCGCUCGAAAUCUGACCGCGUGCGGCGGAAAGUGAACGGCGGCGCAGCAGGAGUCCGCGCGUGCCUCGUCGACCUGCUGAGCGCCGUGUGUGGUCGCGUGGGCGUGCUGAUGGCGGACGAGGUGGGCGUGCUCCUGUGUUGCGUCGCGUCCUACGCGCCCAAGUUCUCGGAUUCCUUCUGCGACGAGUGGCUGGCGGACUAG